AUGGAAAAAAAAGACAUAGGAUUAUCAUCGUACGCGUCCAAAGGAAGUUUUCGUACAGCAAAUUCUCAAAUAUCAGAAAACGAAUGUAAUACAGAUGAUUCUCCUUUAGAUAUUUCAAAUACAUGCACAGGAAACCCUCAUCAUUAUCAUCAAACAUCUUCCUUUGAUUCUACGUCUACAAUUAGAUACUCAUCAUCAAACAUAAGCCAUCAACAAAAUAGAAACACUAGUAAUUUUGUAUCUUCCUCAACGUUUCCAUACGGAAACAGAUAUAAUCAGCGUACUGUUUCUGCUGCUUCAACUACAUCAUCUAAACAAGCUAAUUUAAGUAAUCCUCGGUAUAAAAGACAUAUUGUUAAAGUCAUAUCACAUCCACAAAGAGGAUAUUUUUCAGCAGAAGAUGGUGAAAACGAAAUUGAAAUAGACGAAGAAACAGGAUUUUCAGAGUUUGAUUCUGAAUUUCGAAAUAAAAUAUUAAAAAAAAAGAAGAGCUUUAAAGGAGAUUACGGAAAAAGUAAAACAGUUAUAAAUGAAAUUGAUGAGGAUGCUAUUGGUGAUGAAUAUGAAAGUUUUGAAAAGUUAAUGUGUGAUAAUGAUGAAAAUACAAGUAUUUCUCAUAGUAUUGACAGCGAAGGAAGUUUUACUCUAAAAGAAAGGCAAGAUGCAAUUAAUAAAACUCAUCCUUUUGGCAUAAGACUUUGGAAACCAGCUUUAUAUAAAAAAACUCGCUCUGUACAAAAAACUGCGGAAGGAGAUAUUCAUUCUACACCAGGUGGGCCAAUUUUUUCCAAAGAUAUUAUAGGUAAUAUUCUUUGGACAUUAUGCUUUGGAUGGUGGUUAGCCUUAAUUGCUUUAAUAGCGUCAUUCAUUUGUUAUAUAUUCAUAGUUGGCCAGCCUGAUAAAGAUUACAGUAGAGUUCUUCGAGGGUUGUCUUGCUAUGUCUUUUAUCCUUUUGGGCAAUAUGUAGAAUUAAAACCCGAAGAGGCAUAUGCAGAAGAAGAUGAAGGAGAAGGUCAUAGUAUAAGCGAAUAUGCUGAUUUAGAAAUUGCUGAACAUAGUAAUUUACCUAUUCAAGGAAUUGUUGGUAGACAGAGAGAAAAUAUUGAUAGUAUAUCAGAUACAGAAAGUUUAUUCAGUAGUUUUAAUGAAUCGAAUAAUAAUGCCAAAAAGAAAGGACGCAGAAGAUUAUUUGGAAGAGGUCAAUGGUCCUUUGGACGAAUAGUAUUUUUUUUACUUUUUUACUCAAUAAUAGCACCACUUCUUUUACUUAUAUCUGCAUUCUGCUGGUUAAUAGUUUUCACCAUGCCAAUGGCAAAAGUAACUUAUCUAUUAUUUGAUCAUAUGAGGCGACAUCCCUUAUCCAUAGUUUUUCAUUCAGAUUUCCGACGAGGGGGAUCAUCCAAUCCUACAAUUUUAGUAUGUACAUAUCGCGCCUUUGGUUUAAAAUAUUAUCAAUAUACCGUUGACGGCGUAAACAUAUUUUUUAUUAAUUUAAUGUUUAUAGUUUUAUUUACUAUUUCAGAUGAAUAUAUCUUAGGAAAUAUUUUUGGACAUAAUUAUUUCAUUACAUCUUCAGCAACAAUAUUUGUUCUUUCUCUUUUAUCGAUUGUAUCUUUAUCAUAUCUUGUUGGUAUGGCUGUUGCAUCAAUUUCAGCACAAUCAUCUAUUGGCAUGGGUGCAGCUAUUAAUGCAUUUUUUGGCUCUGUAGUAGAAGUUUAUCUUUAUUGUAUUGCAUUGAACCAAGGAAAAGCUAGAUUAGUAGAAGGAAGUGUAGUUGGUAGCGUACUUGCAGGCGUUCUUUUAAUGCCUGGUUUAUCAAUGUGCGCAGGAGCAAUAAGAAGAAAAACACAAAGGUUUAAUGCAAAAUCAGCAGGAGUAACAUCUACAAUGUUAUUAUUUGCUGUAAUUGGAGCAUUUGCUCCUACAUUAUUUUAUCAAAUUUAUGGAACGUAUGAAUUAAAAUGUUUACCAUGUUUGAAAAACAACUAUAUACAUAAUUGUCAAAGAUGCAAAUUCGAUCAAUCGUAUACACCCAAUGAUCCGUUUUAUCAAAGUUCAGUAAAACCAUUUACAUAUAUUUGUGCAUUAACAUUAAUUCUUUCAUAUUUAAUUGGGCUAUGGUUUACCUUAAGAACACAUGCAGCAAUGAUAUGGCAAACUCCUAUUACAGCAUCAGUUUUAGUCGCGCCCAGAGAAGGAAUUACUUCUCGAUUGAUAAAAACACCUAUUCGACAAUCUCAAAUUUUUAAAAAAAUAAUACCAAAAAGCUUUUUAGAAUAUCAAUCUAACAAAAGAUAUAAUACUGCAUUUACAUCAUGUCAUAAUAAUGAUAUAUGUCAUCAAAAUAUUAUUUCAAAUAAUCUUCAACAAAAUUCUAUAAUUUCAUAUAUACAAGACUCUUUUAAACCAGAAGAUAUUAUUCAUAGUGAAACAAAUGCUACUAUCAAUUCUAUAGGUUUAACACUAGAAGCCCAAGAAUCAAUAAUUCAAAAUCAAAAUACUAAUGAAUAUGAACAAUCUCAAAAUGAUAGAUUUAGAAAAAAUCUUUUAAAUUCUCAAAGUUAUAUUCAUGAAUCUGAAGGAAAUGAACAUGAAAAUAAUGCAGGACAUGGCGCACCUAGUUGGAGUCUGAAAAAAAGCACAUUAAUACUCUUAACAUCAACAUUAUUAUAUUCAGUCGUAGCAGAAAUGUUAGUUAAUACGGUGGAUGUAGUUCUCCAAAAUUUUCAUAUAGAUGAAAAAUUUCUAGGGUUCACAUUAUUUGCAUUAGUACCAAAUACUACUGAAUUCAUGAAUGCCAUAUCAUUCGCAACGAAUGGAAAUAUUGCUCUUAGCAUGGAAAUUGGUUCAGCAUAUGCCCUUCAAGUGUGCUUAUUACAAAUACCAUGUCUUGUUGCAUACAGUGCUUUUAAAAACAUAGGAAAACAAGAAUUAUUAUCUUAUACUUUCAGUUUGGUUUUCCCAAGAUGGGAUCUCAUAUGUGUAAUUUUGUGCGUAUUUCUUUUAGCUUAUGUAUACAGUGAAGGCAAAAGCAACUAUUUUAAGGGUUCUAUUUUAAUAUUAAGUUACACAGUUCUUCUUAUGGGUUACUAUUUUACACCAAUUAAUAUCCAGAGCUUUUCUUCAUUUGUGAUAGAAAACAAAUAUACCAUAUUACAGAAAUUAUAA